CUUUAGUUAUUUAUUGUCAAUGGGUGCUGAAUACAAAUCUUGAUCGAUUUAUGAUUACUGUACGAGUACUGCGAGCAAUGACGUGAUACGGGGGAAGUCGUGGUGAUUUGGCUCUUCAAAGUCUGCUUGCUCUAAUUGUCCAAUCCAUUGUACGAGUACUGUACUGUACUCGAGUACGAUCGUCUGAGACAGUCGGAUAGCGUCACCGGGAACGCUAAACCUGUCCUGGAAUGAUUGGAGCUUUGUGAUUUGCUGGGAAUAUUUGGACUCACCAAGAAUGUUGGGUUUUUGCUCGUAUUGAGUAUUGUACUUGUAGCGGUACGGUACUGAAAAUCCGAUUUUCCGGCCGAAUUCAUUGUGGAGUACGAUACUUGUACCAUGCGUAGUCGAUUCCACUGGAGGUGUUGGGAAUUUUAGGCGUAGAUAUUACACUCGCAGAAUAUCUAAUUUAUCAGAUUGUCCUGGCUUGUUGCUCAUGAAUCCAAGAGAGCUGUUGUAUGAUCAGAACUUUGGGUCGGUAAUGGGGGUGGGGGGGGGAGGAAUACAAGUACAGUACUCGAGCACAGGUAGAGGAAAAAGCGCUUCCAAGACCAAAUUCUGCUCCGUGCACGUCACGUGUGUCUCGCGUCCGUGGUUCAACGUCAUCCCACCGCACUCUAAAUCCACCUCCCCCCGACAAACAAUACAACGGAAAUGAGCCCGAUUCGGUGUUUAAGAUCAAGGACGGCGAUUCCUCGCAUAAGAAAUUCAACCUCCCGGCCUCGAUUCGUGGCCUUCCGGCAUUCACCGGUACCAAGGACCUACGCCACAACAAAUGUUCCAGAGGACAUAUAUGAUGUGGUAAUUGUUGGCGGUGGCCCAGCGGGAUUAUCGCUCGCCACAUCGCUGAGAUCCUCGAGUGUUGCUUCACGCUUGAGGGUGGCACUGAUUGAAGGGUUGGAUUUGGAUGCCGGCAGGAGAUGGAAGCCUUCCAGCGAUAAUUAUUCCAACCGCGUCAGUUCGUUGACACCAGGCUCUGUUGGGUUUCUGAAUGGUGAGUCAGCCACUCUACCUCAGCUAACAAGAUUGGGCACUGAUGAGAGAAGAUAUCGGGGUGUGGAAGCAUGUGCAAAGAAAUAGAGUACAGGCUUAUCAUGGAAUGCAAGUAUGGGAUGGUGUUUCCGGUUCCCGUAUCGAGUUCAACUGGGGCGCCGAAAAUCCGUCUACAAUUGCUUACAUGACUGAGAAUGUUAAUCUUGUUCAUGGCCUUUUGUCCCGGCUUGAGGAGCUCGGCGGGGCUCAGCCUAUCGACAAUACUCGAGUGGAGGGGAUAUCCUUUGGGGAGGAUCAUGGUACUCUUGAUCUGAGGACCUGGCCCGUCGUCCAAAUCACUGGAGGAAGGAAGCUGGCCGCUAGACUUCUGGUGGGAGCCGAUGGUGCGAAUUCGCCCGUAAGAGCAUUUGCUGGGAUUGAGAGCCGUGGCUGGGAUUACGGGAGACACGGAGUUGUAGCUACGGUGGAAAUUGAGGAGAUUUCUGGGGCCGAGAGAACUGCUUACCAGAGAUUCUUGCCGACCGGGCCUAUAGCAUUACUACCAGUGAGUGGCGCACUCUAUCGGACUCAGGGGGCUGGCAUGCUGAUCUUAUGCGCGCCAGCUUCCGGGGAAUUUUGCAACCUUGGUAUGGUCUACUACCCCCGAAAUAGCAGCGCAACUCAAAAAACUAUCAUCAGUGGAUUUCGUCGCUAUGGUCAACGGAGCUUUUCGAUUGAGCCAUGUCGAUAUUGCAUACAUGGCAAAAAUGGACGCAGCAAUUUCAGAGGAGUAUCAGUGGAGGCAGUCUGUAACACCUUUUGAGAGAGCUGGGGUACCAAGUACAAUUUUGGGGGUGCAAGAAAAUUCUAUUUCCUCCUUCCCACUAAGGAUGAGGCACGCCGAUUCUUACAUCUCGGAGAGAGUGGCCUUAGUAGGGUAUGCAUCUGCCCCCCCACUCAGCUUUUUUCCUAAUCCUGAGCGUGCAUUCGCGAUGUUUCACUAGGGAUGCUGCCCAUACAAUCCACCCACUCGCGGGGCAAGGACUGAACCAGGGUAUCGGGGACGUUCAGUCUUUAAUUAAGACUUUAGAAACUGCAGUGCAGACCGGGCAAGACAUUGGUAUGAUGCCGUUCCCCGUCCAUAGCAGGCCGUUUCCCCUUCCGUAGGGUUUAAUCCAGUCUAAUGUGGUCUAAUCUUGGCAAAAAUAUACAGGUUCCACACUGUCCCUUGAACCAUACUACUCGGGCCAGUACUUGAAGAACAGCAUGAUGAUUGGGGUAGUCGAUAAGCUCCACAAGUUGUACGGGACCGCAUCCCCCCCUGUCGUCGCUGUUCGCUCGUUGGGCUUGCGGGCAGUUAAUGCCAUGGAGGGAUUAAAAUCUAUGAUUAUGAAACAGGCAGCUGGGGAGAGAUAGAUGGCUGGGGAUAAUCAUGAUUGGGGAAGUGUAAAUACAAUCCAGCGGCUGCGUGGGUGUUCAAGAAAACCCUCCAAUAUCAUAAUAACCGAGCGGAGAUAUGUGCCGGGAGGGGGGGGUUAACCAGGACGGGGGGUAAAAUAAUAAUAUUACAUCACCUUACCACUAGCCCAAGGGCGUGCGAUUUUGUACGGUUUUUGUGCCGCAACUAUUCCCCUUCUCCCCCCUUUAUCGCAUCUGCCUACCGUUGUUGAUUCCGGACCAUUGUGCUAUCCGAUGUCGGAUGGUAGGGGGGCGUGUGCCACCAUGGACCCAGUCGCCAAAGGAGGUGUCGCGCUCUAGUGAAAACUAGCAUCCGAUUGAGGUUUCACAGCGAUGGGAAAACAGAGGGUAUCACCUUUAUGUAUCGCAUCACAGGAUUGGUGUUUAAAGGGGGGGGGGAGGGGGUGAAGGCAAGGAUUUCGGUCACGGAUCAUCACUCGUGCCAUAGUUUCGAGCGCAGAGAUGUUUACCUUUGGAGUCUUGAAGUAUGGUUGAUGAGAAGUAUUCCUAUUCCUAUUCAGAUUGGAGACGGACGGGGC